CGACACCGGAAAGGAAUAUGGCGGCCAAUGUGAAGUUUUAGAAAGAAUUGGAUUGUUUCAAGCAUUUUUAGGAGAACUGAACAUUAAAUUACCCAACAUUAUAAAAGAAAAUGCCAGCAAAGAGAAAGAGAGGCACAGCUGAGUGUAAGUCUGAGGAUCCUGAACGCUCACCCACGCCAACUUCUGUCUCCUCCAGCAAGAAGAGAAAGAAAGAACUGCAGUAUGAUCCUGUUUGCCAGCCAAGCACCUCAGCAGAUAUUGAUUUUGUACAGCCAUCCACAUCUCAUACAGAUGAUGUAGAUAUUGCUGAGAUCAUUCAAGAGCUGUUUGAGACAAUAAGGAACUACAAAUCAGAGGAGGGGAAACUACUCUGUGAAUCCUUUAUCAGAAUACCAAAAAGAAGAACAAAUCCUGAUUACUAUGAGGUGGUCACACAACCAAUGGACAUGUUGAAGAUUCAACAAAAGAUGAAAAUGGAUGAAUAUGAAGAAAUAGAACAACUUACAGCAGAUGUUGAACUCAUGGUGAACAAUGCCAGAGCUUACUAUAAGAAAGGAUCCCAGGAGUAUAUAGAUGCUACAGACUUGUUGGACCUAUAUUACGAGAUACGUGAUGAGUUGUUAGUAGAAACAUUUGGAGACAACAAGAGUAUUAUGGAUGAUGAUGAUGAAGAUGGUGAGCCUGACGAUGCUAACGUUUCUCUUGAACAGUUACAGUCCAAGAUAGCGAAUAUAGUGCAGCAGGAGGGUGCUAAGUUGAAGGGACUUCCCCCUCCAGAUGGUGAUGAUGAAAAUUCGUGUGACCCUGAAGACUUGGAGGGACUUUUUGCUGCUGUUGCGAAUGCACAGGAUGGAGAUCGAACAAUUAGUGAACCUUUCCAUCUACUUCCUUAUAAAACACUGUACCCCAAUUACUAUGAUGUAAUAAAAGAGCCAAUUGACUUGAAAAUGAUAGCCAAGAAGAUCCAGGACAAUGAAUAUAGAAGCUUUGAUGACAUGGAUAGGGAUAUAGCAUUGAUGGUGCAUAAUGCCAAAACAUUCAAUGAACCCAAAUCACUCAUAUACAAGGAUGCGUGCACAUUGAAAAAAGUAUUUGAUGUAAAGAAAAGAGAACUGGAACAUAGAAAAUCAAACGCCAAAUCCAGUGAGAGACAUAGGAAAUCUUCCAAACGCAGGAAGAAAAUUAGGUCAGAUAGUCCAAAAAGAACCGGGACUCGAGGGACAACCAAUGUUCAGAAAUUGACAGCUCAGUUUGCAGCCCUGGAAUACCCAGAGCCGAUAGACCCAACAGAUAUCAUGGAGUAUGAGGAAGAUUCGGGGGCAGAGACCGUCAUGUCUGAGGAAGAGAACCCUAUGUGGCAUUUGUUUAAUGCUGUUAAGAACUACACUACUACAGAUGGCUUGAAAAUCAUUGACCCCUACAUGAAACUUCCUAGUAAAAGGUACUAUCCAGAUUACUAUGAAGAGAUUAAGAAACCACUGUCUGUUAUAAAUGUGCAGAAAAAGUUGAAGACUGGGGGAUAUGCGGGAUUAGAUGAUUUGUAUGCUGAUCUUAAUCUUGUGUUUGAGAAUGCCAAAAGAUACAACGCUGAUGAGUCCAUUAUCUUUAAGAAUUCAUGCUUGCUACAGAAAGUCAUGAGAGAGAAGAAGAAGGAAUUAGAAAAGUUUGGAUACAAGGAAAUGUCGAUACCAGAAUUAGGCAUCCAUUUUGAAUUUCCUAUGCUGAAGUCGUACGAUGAAGAUCUGGCCAGUAAGAAGACGAAGAAGAGUUUGACACCUUUAGUGGAACCUGAGAAGAAACGAGGCCCGCCGAAGAAAACACCAUUUGAUGCGGAUGAGCUUCUCAGAAAGAGACUGAUGUCACUGUAUAAAUCUGUAUAUGACUAUGCAGACAGCUCAGGUCGUCUGUUACGUCAGAUUUUCAUGUAUCUGCCAUCAAAGAAAGAUUACCCUGACUACUACAAGGUUAUUACAGACCCUAUAGAUCUCAGCAUCAUUGAAGCCAAGAUCAAGGGAAAUAAGUACCCAUCAGAGUACAACCUGAUGUCAGACUUUGACCUGAUGUUCAAGAAUGCCCGCCACUAUAAUGAGGAAGGUUCACAGGUCUAUACAGAUGCCAUCACCCUGGAGAAAGCUCUGAAAGCCAAAUGGAGGGUGAUCAACCAAGCCGCAGGCACACCAAGACCUGGAAAAUCGAAGACUCGUAAAGGUCCGGCACCAACUACAUUGGCAUCCAGACUUCAAGAAUUGUAUGAAUCUAUUAGAGAUUAUCAGGAUGCAAGGGGAAGAACUCUGUCCAGUCCUUUCAUGAAAGUGCCUGCAAAGGCUGAUUAUCCGGACUAUUAUGAAGUAAUUAAGAAGCCUAUGGAUAUGUCUAGUAUAUCACAGAAGAUGUUACUGAAACGUUACGAGUCUCUUGAGGACAUGGUUGCAGAUUUUGUACAGAUGUUUGACAAUGCUUGCAAAUACAAUGAACCAGACUCUCUCAUUUAUAAGGAUGCUCUGACACUACAGAGGGUGUGUCUAGAAAAGAAGGUGGAGCUUAGUGAUGAUUUUACCAAUGAGGUUCCAGAUGUGCGAGCAGUUGUACAGGAAAUGAUGACAAAUCUAUUUAUAGCUACAUAUAAUCACCAGGAUGAGGAAGGGAGAUGUUACUCAGACUCAUUCUCGGAACUGCCGGAACGAGACCCUGGAAUGGACCCUAAUGCAGAGAGACCGCUGUCUUUUGACAAGAUAAAACGGAACCUGGAUCGGGGGCGUUAUCGCAGGAUGGACAGGUUCCAAGAUGACAUGUUUAAGGUGUUUUCUCGAGCUCGUGCCCUAAGUCGCUCUGACUCACAGCUGUAUGAAGAUACUGUAGAAAUGCAGAUGUUCUUCAUCAAGACUAGAGAUUCUCUGUGUAAAAAUGGAGAAAUCCUUCUUACACCGGCUCUCAGCUUCACAGAGAAACAUAUUCAUAGCAUAGUAGAGGCUGAGAAGUUGGCAAAAAGUGUUGCUGAACAAGCAGAAGAUGAGAAGAAAACAGAUGUUGAUGAAACUCCACAAGUAUCCACUGAUGGAGAAGGUAAUGAGAGCUUGAAAUACAAAGAUCAGAUAUACAGAGUAGGGGAUUUUGUAUACAUUGAACCAAGGCUUACAUCUAAAUCAGGAAGAAUACGAAAAAGAAAUUCAAAGUAUUUGAGAGAUUCAGAUAGCGAGCCUCACAUAUUCUGCAUUGAGAAGAUUUAUACAGACAGCACUGGUCAGCAACAGGUCUAUGGGAACUGGUUUUACCGACCUAACGAGACUUUCCACCUGGCUACGAGAAAGUUCUUACAGAAGGAAGUUCUGAAAAGUGACUGCUACGCUAGUACUUCACCAAACCAAAUCAUUGGAACAUGUUUUGUAAUGAACGUCAGAGAAUAUUUCAAAUAUAAACCAGAGGGUUUUGCUGACAAUGAUGUGUAUGUGUGUGAGUUUAGAUACACAAGCAAGACAAGAAGUUUCAAGAAAAUCAAGUUAUGGUCUGUGCCAAGAAAUGAAGAUUUGAAGUUGAUAGAACGAGAGGUUCCAUUUCAUCCAAUACGUGUAGCAUCGAUAUUUGCUGACAAGGACAAAGAUGAAUUUGAUGAUGGAGACACAAGUAUUCUUGAUAAAGAACGAAAUGAUGUUCUGGUUAAUGUUGGCGCACCGAAUGAAGAUGGACAGAUCUUGUAUGAACAGAUGAGUACGACUACAGGAGUUUAUAAAGUUGGAGAUUGUGUGUAUGUGAAGUCUGACCUUGACAAGCCUAUGAUCUACAGGAUAGAUAGAAUGUGGGCUGAUAAGUACGAUCAGAGAUAUUUCUAUGGUCCCCUGUUCAUCCGCCCAUGUGACAUUGAGCACCCGCCUACGAGACUGUUUUACAAAAAUGAAAUGUUUAUCUGUGGCGUGGAGGAGGCUCGGACCAUGGACAGUGUGACAGGAAGAUGUUGCGUGUUGCAUGUGAGGGACUACUGUAGCAGUCGUCCAACAGAAGUACCAGAAUCUGAUGUAUAUAUCUGUGAGUCAAAAUAUCAUGAAACAGAAAAGACUGUGAGAAGGCUCUCAAAGGGGUUAAAGAAACACUCGCUAUCACCAAGGGUUACGGAUGAUGAGAUUCUGUUCUUCAGGAAACAGAUCAUCCCUACAAAGGUGGAAAUAGCUCACCCAUUCAAUGUUAUUAAUAAACAGGAGCCAUCUCCACUUCUAGUCAAAGCGUCAGAGGAGAACCUGGCUUACGACGGUGAUGAGUCACGUGAUACAUUUACGACCGAUACUCAGCCAGAAAUAUUGAAUGAAUCUCUAGACGAGUAUGGCAUGCCUAUUCCGGCUGUAAUAAAAACACCGCAUACAACGAAGAAGGUUGAGGGAUCCACGGGGGGAGAAGGCAGCAAGAAAAAGGUUGAGGGAUCCACGGGGGGAGAAGGCAGCAAGAAAAAGGGUAAAGGUAUGAAUUGGCGAGACAAAAACAAAGAUAAACGGACACAAAUUAGUGGCUACAUUGUGUUUUCUGGAGAAUUUCGUAAAAUUGUACAACAAGAAAACCCAGAAUGCAAUUUCGGUGAAAUCAGUCGUCUUGUUGGUGGGAAGUGGAGGAACUUGGAGAAAGAGGAGAAGGAGAAAUACGAGGAUAAGGCUCGUAGGAUUGCCGAGGAGCAGCAGGCCAAACAGGCCGACGCUGAGAGGGCUUUCAACAUGACACUGCAGCAGCAACAGCCACAACAACAACAACAUGCCACCCCAGCGGAGAGUCCCAGACCCAGCACUCCUGCGCAGCAAGGAUACCCAGGAUAUUAUUCGGGCUAUAAUGUUCCACCUCAGGGGUAUUCACCCUCCCCAGGGCCAUAUGGUGGACCCUAUGCCCCAUCCCCUGGGGGCCAGUUUGCUCCUUUGCACCCCCAGCACCCAGGUAUGAUGAACGGGAUGGGUGCAGCCUACAUGUCACCCCAGGGGCAGAAAGGCAGCCCAGCAAUGAUGCAGAAUGGACAGAGGCCGCCCUUUAAGGGUCAACUUUAUCAGUCUCCAGGAGGGCCAGGAAUGAGACCAAUGGGACCCAAUAUGUCCCCUUACCCUGGUAUGACAUCUAUUCCCUAUGGACAGACACCGCCAGUAGGGGCUCAGGCUCCUCACACAGGGGCUCAGCUGGGACCAUACCCCAGCAGCCCCGCCCCCCACCCCGGCAUGGUCCAGGCUGGUAUGCAUGUAAACCAACCAGCACAUGUACUCUCCCAGCAACCAGGUCAACAACAACAGCAGCCCCAACAACAACCCCAACAGCAACAGCAACAACAACAGAUGGCCCCACCCCCUCCUCCACCUCGUCCAGCUUCACCAAUGUUUGUUACUGUACCACCUAGAACACAGAGAUUAUUACACUCGGAGGCUUAUCUCAAAUAUAUAGAGGGGUUGAAUUCAGAGAAUAGGACCAUCACAGAGUGGGAGAAAACGUUCACAGCAACACCUGAAAACACAACCGUACCUGACGAAUCACGUCUACCAACUCAUUGGCUGGGACAAGGAGCUGGGUACCAUGGUAGUGUCACUGAUGCAUUGUGGGCAAUGCGUGAUCUCAUGUUGAAAGAUGCUCUCAGUAUACAGAGAACAUUACCUUUUGAGGCAUUAUAAGUACUAGUAACGGCACAAGAUGUCUCAUUAGGUGACGGAGAAAAGAUCUGUUUCAGCCAUGGUGCUCAACAUUUGAAUAUAUCAUAAAACUCCUGUCAACAUUGGAUAUAGUGUUCAGUUCAUCAAUAAGUAUCCAAAAUUCCUUGCAGGAAGUUCUGUGCAAAACAUAGAAAGUACUGUUCAAAUCACAGGAAGUACUGUGCAGUUCACAGAAAGUACUGUGCUAUUUUGAAAAAUCUUCGUAGGAAUUUCCCAUGAUAUGUACAUUGAUUCAUGUAAAGACAGUCAGUUUUUACUAGCAUCAUUAGUCAUGUAUUUGUUCUCUCAUUUGUACUGAAAUAUAAUGAGAAAAAUUAACAUUAGGGACAUGUCUUAGGAGAAAAAGUGAAGUUCAUGCGGUAGUUCAUUGCAUUUUAAUUUAUGCAUGAUAGAAACAAAUGUUUGUAUAUAAUAGAUAGGAGAAAGUCUAAGUUUUACAUUUUUUACACAUGAAAAGGCAUGAACAGACUGUAGAAUCAAGUGGACUUCCUUGAUCAUACUAAUCCACAAAAUGUUUUUUGCCAUCAUUUAUCUUCAUGAAUUGAAAAUCACAAAUUUAUUCUCACACAAAAUAGUGGUUUUGGUAAAACCCCACAAGGUAAAAUGGUUUACAGCUUAUGUUGGUUGUUGUUGUUUUUCUCCUUUAUUGUGGUGUUUGUGUAUUAUUGGUGAAAGUAUUUUCCGGAGGUUACCGGAGUAGGGCCAAUAAAUAAGAUAAUGUUACACAAUGAUUAUAUUGUAGGAAUAUAUAACUGUAUUGUUGUGUUUAUCAGAGUCUAAAGUGUAGAAACUUUGAUGUUGUGAUGUCAUUUGUUGUACAUUAGGAGACUGGUUACUUUUGUUUCCCAUAUAUUUGUUGUAGGGGACAUAAAUUGUGGAGAUGGCUUGGAAACAGUCUAUUAUAUGGACUUUUUGCCAAUGUUACUUUUUGCACAAACUAUGUGUUAAGGUCAGUUCAAUGUAAAUGUCAGUAUUUUGGUUGAAGCAUUAAAAAAUGGAAGGAAUUUUUGGAAGAUCUUUUUAAAUGUAGCAGACUUACCAGGGUAAGCUUUGAAAUCCUGGUCUAUGAUUUCACUCAUUCAAACAUCUGUCUGAAAAAAAUUGUGUGAAUUAAUGAAUUUUGACACAUAAAGUACAUCUUUGAAUAUAGGAAAAUAACAUACUUAGAAGGAGAAGGUUCAUAGACUAAAUAGAUUCAACAUUGUGACAUACACUGGUAUAUUGUUUAUUGCACAUUAGAUACACACUGUGUUUUAGUUGUUUGCAAUCAGUUAUAUUUGGUAUGUUUAAGAUUACUGAUGACACAAAGGAGAUAUUCACUGUAUAUAUUUGGCGAUGCUGACUAGUGCUUGACAUUGUAUAUAGGAUUCAGAUAGUCCUGGGUUCCCAAAUGAAAGUAUUGUCAUAAUGCUGUAUCUCUCAUUGAUCUUACAGCAGAUUUUAUAUUUGUACAGCACUUCAUUUACAGAAAAUUUAUAGAAGUUUCCUUAAAUAGGCACAGGUUUGUUUUGUGUGGUGGUUGAAUAUAUACAAAUAGGAUGUUUUGUUUUUUAUCCACCAGCUUUCUUUACAAGUAUGGUCUGCCUGCUUAGCUCAGUAGGGAGAGUGCAUAUGUAUGGAGUUGUGGAGUCACGUGUUCGAUCCCUGGGUGAGGUGUUUGUUCUCGGUGAUAAUUUGAUAAAAAACGUUCUGUUUGAAAACAUUUUCCACUCUCAUUUAUGUAAAGAAGUUUGCAGUUACUUGCGGGGAACCGGCCUCUUUUGGUACAGAAUACAGGAAAACUGGUUUGGUUAUAUGUUCGCAGGUACAUAACUAAUACUUUUGAAAAAUUUUGACAAACCCAAAACAGAUAAGCAAGGAUUUUCUGGCUAUGAAACGUGGCUCAAAAGGAAGUGCAUAUCUUUCUGUAUUUACAAAAAAAAACCCACAUCAAAAUCAAUAACAACACUAAAAUGCAUUGGCAGAAAUAUAUUAUUAAUUAGAAAUGGAAUGUAUAAUACAUUUCAGACUUAAUGCAUGUCAAAUGUUUGUUAACAAUGUUGCUGAUAUGAUAUAUUUAAGCUUACUUUCAAGGUCGUGCAAUAAGUCGAUGAUAAUUGUAAAAAAAUCAUUUGUUCAAAAAUAUAUAUAUAUAAAUUGCCAUUUAAAAGUUGUUUUAGAAAAAUUUAUGUGAAAAUUGUGCAUCAGUGUAAGCCAUUUAUUGUAGUGUAAUUUAGCUUGUCUGCAUAGUGUGACUGUUUAAAAACAUGCACAAUUAUAAAUCUUAGUGGAUAAACUUUGUAGAUAUUGGUGUAAAAGGGUCAGUGUGGCUGUUUCUGCUUAUCUAUAAAAGGAGGUAGUGUUUUUUUAAACUGUAUAUGGGAAGUCAGUGAAGGUAUGAUUUAAGAAUUCAAAAAGCUUUUCUUCUGUUCAAAGUUUCAGAAAUUUUAAGGGAAAAAUGUGAACCCAAAGCUUUGUGCAAUUGGAAGUAACAUUCAAGUAAAUAAUUUGUUUUCAAAAGCAGACACUUGGUACGGUUAAGCUCAACAAUUUAUGGACUUUCUAUGACUACCAUACUGCUGUCAUAUUUUGAUCCCACUACUGAUACACAUGUAGUUGAUUGAACUGGAAUUUACAGAAAUUACCAAGAAGUUCUUAAUAGACAGUUAUAAGGUGUUGGUAGGGUGGUGUUUUUGGUUUUCAGAUCCUGAUAAAUCAGUUUCGUCAUUAAAACCCAACACGAGGAAAUUCUUUGAGAUUAUGGAAGCCUAAAAGAAAUAGGUUCGAUUAAGUAUAUUCUGUAUUAUAUGCACUGCUUAAAUACACAUGUUGGGGGUGUACAGACAUAAAUCAUACAUUAUUUCAUCAUAUUCGGUAAGACAUACCAUUGUGGAGACAUGGAUAUUCAUUUUUACAUUAGACAUUUUUUUUUAGCUCAGGGAAGUUGUAAUACAUGUAACAUUUGAAGUCAGUAACAACAUUAUUAUUUAACACUACUUUCAUAAAUACACAUUUCAUAAAUACACAUUUGUCAAUGUGAGUUGUCCCACUUCAAAGGACCCUGUUGGUAAAUUUACUGGUUUUUUUGUUCACUCGUUAAUAAAACAAAGUCAGAGUAAGAUUUUGCCUCAGUUAUGAAUUUAAGGUUAAUCAGUGAGCAAGAAUCUUGAAAAAGAUACAAAAACACAACAUUGAUAUAUUAAAUUCAGUCAUUUCUUACAUAAUGCCAUUUUAUAAGAUGGAUCCUUUUUAAUGUGUCAGCUCAUCCAAUUUUUGCAUUGGUUGAACAUAUAAUAAUACUUUUAUGAGAUCUGCAUUGUCAUCCUUGUGAGUGUAAUUCUGUCACUGCCAUUAGCUAGCUUGAAAUACAUGAUACUCAUUUGUGUAUAGAUAGACAGGUAGUUCUUGUCAAUGUUUUGUACAUGUUUAUUUAUGAUUUGUUGUCUGUUUGACAAGUCUGGAUAUGGAAAUAAAAGUAUGCUUCAAGUUCAA